AUGGCUCCCUCGGUACUCGUCGAUCAGAACAACCUUGUGAUGGCGCCAGCAAAGUCGCAAGCAAGCGACCGCGUCGCCAUCAAGGCCUCGCACCCAAAUCCCUCACUACAAGUAACAGCCGAUCACAAACUGAAAUCAGUCGAAGCACCCAUCUAUGCCCCUCGAGCAGGUGAAGCACUAGUCCACAUUAAAGCGACCGGAAUUUGCGGCUCGGAUAUUCAUUUCUGGAAAACUGGGCGUAUUGGUUCAUUGGUGUUUGAAGGGGACUGUAUUAUUGGUCAUGAAGCCUCGGGUAUUGUGCUACAAUGCGGAGAGGGCGUGACCCAUUUGAAGCCUGGCGACAGAGUAGCAGUUGAACCUGGCGUGCCUUGUGAACAUUGUUUUCUCUGUGACGACGGACGUUACAACCUCUGCGAAGACGUCCAGUUCGCCGGCGUCUACCCGUACGAAGGAACAAUGCAGCGGUAUAAGAACCACCCAGCAAAAUGGCUGCACAAACUACCAGACAACGUCACAUUCGCCGAAGGCGCCCUUCUCGAACCACUGUCUGUCGUCAUGAAUGGAAUCACAUCAGCUGGUCUGUCCCUUGGUCGGGGUGUGGUUGUCUGCGGCGCUGGGCCGAUCGGAUUGAUUGCGUUGGCCGCUGCGCGCGCCUCGGGUGCUCAUCCAAUUGUCAUCACAGACCUGGAGCCUUCUCGGUUAGACUUUGCAAAGGAGUUUGUGCCUUCUUGUAUUACCUACCAGGUUGAUCGUACGAAGGAUGCGCAGGGAAACGCGCAGGCUAUUCGCGCGCUUUUCGGGUCGCAUGAGUAUGUUGCGCCGGAGACGGUGCUUGAGUGCACCGGUGUUGAGAGCAGUGUUUGUACGGCUGCGUACACUGCGCGCCGAGGAGGCACUGUUAUGGUUAUUGGAGUUGGCAAAUCUAUCAUGAACAAUCUGCCCUUUAUGCAUUUGUCGCUUGCCGAGAUUGAUCUUCGUUUCAUUAACCGCUAUCGUGAUACAUGGCCUCCGGCGAUUGCUUGUUUGAGUGGUGGUAUCUUGGACUUGAAGAUGCUUGUUUCGCAUGUCUUUCCACUUGAAAAGGCGCAGGAUGCGUUGCAUCUUUGUGCUGAUACUAGUAACGGCAGUAUCAAGGUUUUGAUUGUUGAUGAGGAGGAUGCAUCACUAUAG